AUGCCGUCACCGCUAGUCGAAGCCUUGGGUCCGAAUGCUGACAUAGAGAUAGGCUCGACCAUCCUUGGGCUGCCAAUCAGUCUAUGGAUCGCGCUUGCCAUCAUCUCGUUAUAUGGGCUUUCUCGAUCAGGCCCAAAUGCCGCAAAGCUCAGAAGGAUCCCUGGCCCGUGGCUGUACGCAGCGACGGGGUUCAGACUCGCUUUCGAUGCGUGGCAAGCACGGUCAGUCCAUGCCAUUCUGAACUUGCACAGACGGUAUGGCCCAGUGGUUCGCAUUGGUCCCAAUGAGGUGUCCUUCAACAGUCUGUCUGCCUUAAGGGCCAUCUAUGGUGCUGGGAGCGGAUUCGAACGGACCGAUUUCUACCGCAUGUUCGACGUCUACGGUCGCCCAAACCUUUUCACCUUUGGAUCCGGAAAGCUGCACCGCGACCGGAAGAAACUGCUCAGCCACAUCUAUGCGAACCAAACCGUGCUCGGUCCAGAGUUCUCUCGCUUGGUGCAGGAGAAAGUCGAUGGCUUUCUCGCUCUCGUGGAACGAGAACCCGAACAUGCUAGCGAGAUCUUCGGGAGUCUGCAUUACUUCUCCCUCGACGCGAUUUCGGAAUUCGUAUACGGGCCAGAGCAUGGAGGGACAAGGGCAUUGUCUGGCUCUAAACAAUCCCGAGACUUGAUCCAGGACAUUCUCAAUCCCGCUCGGAGGCGUUUGGCAUGGUUCGCCGUGCAUUUUCCCGCAUACACCAAGUGGAUCACGACACGCACCGGGUUGCUGGAAAGGGUCCUGACGUCUCUUGGAUUGAUACCCAUGCGAAAACCCUUCACAUAUACUGGUAUCCGCCAGCAUGCCCUCACGGCUUUUCACAGCUUCAAAAAUGCUCCCCCGGUUGUUCGUGCAGGUGCCGCCGAAAACACCGUGAUUGGCCGUCUGUUCAAAGUGCAAGAGGCCGCAUCACUGACAGACAUGGAUAUCGCCUCAGAGUGUGCUGACCACCUCCUAGCUGGUAUUGAUACCACAGCGGAUUCGUUGAUGUUCAUGAUCUGGGCACUGUCGCUACCUCAGCAUGAGGAAUACCAGGAGAAGUUGAGGGCAGAGGUGUUAAGAAGCCCGAUAGAUCACAAGGGGCUUCCUAUCCCCAAGGAGUUGACUCAUUUGCCCUACCUGAACGCAGUUGUUCGCGAGUCCUUGCGGUUGUACUCACCUUUGCCCACAUUUGAGCCUCGAUCGUCACCAGUCGACACUGUCAUUGACGGCUACGAGGUUCCUGCAGGGACCAUUGUAGGCAUGUCUCCAUUUUGUCUCCACAGAGACGAGGAUGUCUUCCCCUCCCCGUCGAGUUUCAGGCCAGAGAGAUGGUUGACAUCUUCCGGGACCCUGAUCACUGAGUCGGAUCAGCAAAAUCGUUAUUUCUGGGCCUUCUCCAGUGGUGCUCGCAUGUGCAUCGGAAUGCAUCUGGCCAAUGCGGAAAUGUUCACGCUGAUUGCUGCAUUGUACCGGAAGUACAGGACGUCGGCACGUCACCCGGACACGUCGCCAGGUAUCACAAGUAGGUUUGAGGUUUUCAGCGACCAGACCAUGCCGAAGAUGGUGGAACAUGAAUGUUGGAUCGACUUCGUCAAGCUCAAAGAGGGCAGCUGA